AAGGCACCACUCUACUCACGCAGUUCCAGAGUGGAGGAAAAAACAGUAGGAGAAGGAGUAAUGCUAGUUUACCACUUUAAGUAACUUUUUACUCCACAAGACUCAACGUGGUUCGUCGUGGAUAUAUCCGGAGUUUAAUUAAUGUGCUUGAAAAAGAUAUUAGAGUGCUGAACGGCAGUCUGCCCGCGGGCUGAAGUUACCCUGCUCCGGCUAACUUAGCCUGUUGUCGUUAGCACCAAAAGGACAAAAAAAGCAGGCUGGUGGAGAAGAAGUUACCGCUCAAAGUGGACUCGGAUACUUAAUAAUGUCGCCACCCGGGGUAAGCUUCACAGACGGAUGAGAACGGUAUUGGCCACGGAAGAACACCGAGGAGGACAGCGAGCCAGACGACCACCGCUAUGUCGGGGCGGACUCCCGGCGCUGAGAGCCGCGGCUGGCCGCACUCGGUGCCGUGGAGGCUCGGAGGCUUCUUCUUCCUCCUGUUGCUCGAAGGCUCCGGCUGCUUGUCCAACCCAGGCGGCGACAACAGCAACGAUCAGCCCAGUGUCAACGUCUACAUGAGUGUGGAUGAGGUCAAGAAGCUUUUGGGCCUGGAUGCGGAGCUUUAUUAUGUGCGAGAUGAUGUGGUGAAUCAUUGUGCGCUCUCCUUCAUGCUGCCUGUACCCAGUGAGACCAACAGCUUACACUUCACAUGGCAUUCCAAGAAAAAGGUCGAAUACCAGCUUGGUUUCCAAGUGGAGAACCCUGUUGCUGUGAACCAGCCGCAGAGCAACAUCUCCAGCCAGGGCGAGGUUCCCAGCGUUCCCUCUGUCUUUAGAGUGGACCUCUUCUGUUCUGGCAAGGUCGAUGGAGAGGCUGUUUUGACAGUACAGCUUAGUCUGAGCGUCAGUGCCAACAACUACACAGUGCUCAACUUCAAGAGGAGGAAAAUGUGCUACAAAAGAAUAGAUUCAGACCAAAAGAUCCCCAUGUUCUCCAAUCAUAGCACACUUUCCAGGCCUGAAAUAGAUGGCGGGUCCACCCCCACCACCUCCACCCAGGUCUUCUACAUCAGUGUAAGCGUCUGCUGCAUUGUUAUCUUCCUUGUGGCCAUAAUCCUGGCUAUCCUACACCUGCACAGCAUGAAGAGAGUGGAGAUGGAGGACAGUGUGAGUGACAGUGGAAGUUCACAGGGCCUGUCUCAGCCGUCCACCCAGACCACACAGUACCUGAGGGCUGACACUCCAAAUAAUGCCACUCCUGUCACCAAUUCUAUCGGUUACCCAACUCUCCGCAUAGAGAAGAACGACCUGAGGAGCGUCACUCUAACAGAAGCCAAAGCCAAGGUGAAAGACAUUGCCAUUUCACGGGAGAGAGUCACCCUGAGAGAUGUCUUGCAUGAAGGCACAUUCGGUCGAAUCUUUCAUGGUGUGCUGUUGGAUGAAAAAGACCCCAGCAAGGAAAAGCAAGUUUUCGUGAAGACUGUGAAAGAUCAUGCAUCUGAGGUGCAGGUGACAAUGAUGUUGACUGAAAGUUGCAAGCUUCGUGGCCUUCACCAUCGGAACUUGCUGCCCAUUAGUCAUGUUUGUAUAGAGGAUGGAGAGAAGCCCAUGGUCCUGCUGCCGUUUAUGGCUUGGGGGAAUCUAAAGCUGUUUCUGCGUCAGUGUAAGCUGGCUGAGGCCAAUAACCCACAGGCGGUCUCUCAGCAAGACCUGGUUUAUAUGGCCAUCCAGAUCGCAUGCGGAAUGAGCUAUCUAGCUCGGAGAGAGGUCAUACACAAAGACCUCGCUGCCAGAAACUGUGUCAUUGACGACAACAUGCAGGUGAAGAUCACAGACAAUGCUCUUGCCCGUGACCUAUUUCCCAUGGAUUACCACUGUCUGGGGGAUAAUGAGAACAGACCUGUUCGCUGGAUGGCCCUGGAAAGCCUACUCAACAACGACUUCUCCAGUGCCAGUGAUGUGUGGGCCUUUGGCGUCACCCUGUGGGAACUGAUGACUCUGGGACAGACCCCCUAUGUCGACAUUGAUCCCUUCGAGAUGUCUGCUUACCUCAAGGAUGGCUACAGAAUAGCACAACCAAUCAAUUGUCCAGAUGAACUCUUUGCAGUAAUGGCGUGUUGCUGGGCUCUGGACCCCGAGGAGAGGCCAAAGUUUCAGCAGCUCGUGCAGUGCCUGACGGAGUUCCACGCGGCUUUAGGAGCGUAUGUGUGAAGGCGAGCAGCGACGCCAAGGCCGCAUGCCGGACCGCUUGUGAGGAGUGAAAUUGUGUCUUAUCACAGGAGAGCAACCUUGUACAGUUCUUUGGAGUUUUUAUCUAAUUACCUUUUUCCUGCACUGGUGUGACGGUUUUUUGCUGCAGCUGUAUUGUUUUAUAUGCUUUGACAAACGUUGUAAUUACAGCGCUGUCCCUUUGCCAAGACAGGAUCUCAGAGCGUCUUUUACAAAGACUCUUUGUGCCACUCAGACCUUUCUGACAGCCUGUCUUUACACACAGUAUUUUCUACACUUUCCUCAUUUACUCGAGCUGUGUGUAAAGUUUUUUGUUUGUUUGUUUUCAAGUAAUUCUGCAGCAGAAUGAUCAUAGGUACUGAAGCAGACUUGAGCACGUGGACAGAGUUUCUUCAGCUGGAGCCUGGUGCAGAUCUGGUUUUUAGUAUUUGUUCCUGGACCUCUUUGAAUGGUACUUAAUGGGUUUUUCUUUUCUACUGACUGGCUGUGAAAAUGAUGGCCUGAGGUGACACGGAGGCCACCGUCUGGAUCCUUCUAUGGACGAAUGCUGGACACCUUCUCUUCCUCCCUCCUACCUUUGUUUCCAGACAGGGUUUGUCAUCCUCUUCUGUUUUCUGAGCUUUGUUGCUCAUCAGAACAACUCUUUGGAAUGUUCACACCUCCUGAGGCUCAGCACUGCCAGUCUUCCUCUCACACCUCAGAUUUUAUGGUCACUGUAUGUUGAAUUACAGCUGUAAAGUGCUUCCUGUCUUCAUAUCCACAAAUUAAAUGGAGAUUUUUAAACA